AUGCUAAACAUCUUGAAAGGCAAAGAACAAAGGAUAGGCCCAGGCUUAUAUCCUAUCCGAGGAUUAUUUCAUUUAUUCCAUCACCCAAAGAAAUACGCAGGGCCCAUUUUACUUUCUAUAUUGAAAGUAGUUGCUUCGAGUGCAAUCACUGUCAUUCCUCUCAUUCGGUAUGGUUAUGGCUUUCAACAGAGUAUCAUACGUAAGGUUUAUCAGACCUUACUAGAACCUCAAGCCCACAGAAUUACCAUAUCCUUUUUGGUUCCUGCAACAGCAGGUAUCCUGUGCUGUGCUGAGGCAGCAGCUAUCACGAUUCAACUGGGCACGUAUUUUGUUGGAUCCAUCCGUACGCGCUUAUUUGAUGCUAUCCUGCAAGAACGAAACGCGCUUCCUGUCAAAGAAGACGAUACGACGCAGGUUGCUGAAAUUGUAGGUGGCCCUGCGCAGAAUAGAGAUGACCUCCGAGACCAUGCGUAUCUUUCACCACAAAGUAUUGCCAUUAUUACGGCUCAACAGGAUGAUGACUCAUGGGGUGCUUUUCUUUUGAGGCCAGCUAUUUUCAUCAUGACAUUACCGUUAAAUAUUAUACCAGUGAUUGGACCUGCUGGGUUCAUUUGUAUUCAAGCUCUUUUCAGAGCAGGAGAAGCACACAGAAGAUACUUUAAUCUCUAUCAUUGGACCCAUGCACAGGUUCAUCGAAGGAUUGAGCAAAAGUUUGUAGAAUAUUUUCAAUUUGGUCUCGUGGCUACUGUGUUGGAAAUGAUUCCGUUUGUUGGUUAUCUCUUUAUUUACACAAAUCAAAUAGGUGGUGCUAUGUGGGCAAUGGAUCUGCAUGAUUGUAAAUUACUGGAACCCAAAAACAAAUAAAGAGUCAAUAUUUGAACCAGAUGACAUGAAUAAUCCUUGACAUUUAAUCUUUUUAUUGGACUCAUUUAAUCUAUUUUGUUGCCAUAGUAAC